AUGCCAAAUAUUGAAUUCAUAAUAACUGCCGAGUUUCACAUAGAUAAAGGUCCUUCAAUAUUACAUCAAUAUCCAACAGAUAUACCUGGUUUAAAGAAUUUAUAUUUUUUACCAGAAUUAAUGUUACCUGAUCAAAUUCAUAAACGACUGGAAGAUUUUACGUUAUUUUUAUUAUAUAGAAAUAUGAAUACUGGAGAAUUUCAAUAUUUAUUUAAUAGAUCAACUUGUGAACCAGAUCCAUACUUUCUUUAUACAAUUGUUAUAAAUUUAAAAAAUGAUGAAUUUAAAAGAGGGUCUCAAAUUAAAUCAUUAAGUAUAUUAACUAAAUUAAAUUAUUUUAAAAAUUUUAAACCAAUAUUGUUAAUUUGCCUUGAUUUAUAUUUUAAAAAUAAUCAAAUUGAAUAUUUAAAAGAAUUGUAUAAUUGCAUAAAUAAUAAAAAUUUUGAAAUUAAUAAUAAUGGUGCAAGUGAAAAAUUAUCAAUUAUAAAGAAAUUAUUAAUUACUUCAAUAUUGGAUUUACCUAUUAAUGAUAAAAUAUAUUAUGAUGAAAAAUUUAGAUCAAAAAUAUUUGGUUAUAAUAAUAGAGAUAAUGUUUUAAUUAAUGAAGAUUUAUUUAUUAGAAAAGAUUUAAGUUUUAAUUCGAUUAUUAAUUUUAAUAAGAUGAAUAUACCUAUAAGAAUACCGUUAUUAGAUUUACCAGAUACAACUGGAGAUUAUUUCAAUCCUACAGAUUUGAAUUUUAAACCAAAUUUGAUAACAUUGUUGAAUUCAAAAUUAUCAACACCGUAUCUAAAUAAUGAAAUUACAAUUUAUGGUCUUCAAACUCCUCCUAUAAUAAUAUUAAUAAAUGCUUUAUUAACUGGAAAGAGAGUAUUAUUAUUAAGUUAUGAGAAUUCAAGUGGUUAUAUAAUUGAUUUUAUAUUGUUAAUUUUAAAAAUUAUUACUGGUGGUGGAAUUUUAAGUGGAUUAUUAACAAAUUAUAAUAUUUUCCCAAUUAUUGAUGUUUCAAAAAUUGAUUUAUUAGAAGAAUGUGAUUCUUAUUUAGCUGGUACUAUAAAUCCAUUCUUUAAAAAUAACGAUAAAUUAUGGGAUUUAAUGUAUGAUUUAGAUUCAAAUGAAUUUUUGUUAAGUUCAAAAUAUAAAGAAGAUGAAACUAAAAAGCAAGAUGAUUUUGGAGCAUUCCGAAAUUCAAUUAUUUCAGAAGAUGCUAAAUUUUUAUCAAAUUUACAAUUAUCAUUAUUUAAUUAUAAUGAUGAUUUAACUACAAUUCAAUUAAUUUUCAGAAGACAUAUAAAUGAAAUUAUAAGGAUUUUAUUAAGCUCAAAAAAUUUUAAUCUAGCUGAAAAUUCAAAUAAUAAAGAUUUGAUUUUAUUAUUAGAUGGUAUUGGUUAUUAUUGGACAAGUGAUACAAAUAAACUAUUGGAAAUUUCAUGUUAUCAAUUGAUAUCUAAAAAGUUUCAAGAUUUACUAUAUGAUUCAAAAUUUACAUAUAAUUUACUUUUACCUAAUCUAUCAAAUGAAUUAAAUUUAACGAUUGAUUUACAUUAUCAUUUACAAAAGUUAAAUAAUGUGAUACUGAGUAAAUCAAUAAAUUUCAAUCUAGGAGGGAAGAGUAAUAACUCAAAAGUUAAUGAACGUGAAAUAUGGUUUAACAUUUUGAAAUUUUUAAUUUCAGGUCGAUCAUUGGAAAUAUUUUUAUUAAUAACUUAUCUAAUGCCACCUAAUAGUUCAUCAAGCUUACAAAGUUCAUCUGCACAUGGUGGAAUUCUAACUAUAUUUGAUAAAAAUAAAGGUUUGGAACUAUUGUUGAUCAAUCUAUUUAAUUAUGAUGAUCAGAUCAAGUCGAAUGUGGUGAUGAUAUUACAAGAGUUACAAGAUAAUUAUUUAUGUGGUUGGUGUUUGAACAUGUUUUUGAAAUCUAACUUGAUUUACGAGCUAGCAUUUAAUGAAUUAACAGAUAAUUAA